CGCGGCGCGGCGCUCGCCCCCUGCAGACCCCCCUCUCCGCUCGGUUCCCCACGCCUCCCUCCCGCUCCCUCCUCCCGCCCGCCCUCCCCUGCCCUGCCCGCCCGCCCCCGCCGCAGCUCCUUUAAUACACUUUGGUUCUCCGCCUGGCUUUGGACUCUUCUCCACCACCACCUCCUCCUCCUCCUCCUCCCGCGCCUCCUCCGCCGCCGCCUCCUCCUCUUCCUCUCCGCGCCUUCGCUCCGCGCCCGGCCGCCCGAGGCACAUCCAGGCGGCGGCGGAGGCGGCGGGCGCCGGAGCGCCGCUCGCGGGACUGAAGCCGCCGCCAACACCGCCGCUGCCGCCGCCGCCGCCUGCGCUCGGAGCCGGGCGGCCGCAGGACGCAGCCCCGCGAGCGGGGCGGGAGUGGGAGCCAAGGAGGCGCGGGGCUCGCCGGGGCCGGCAGGGCGGGCGGGCGCGCUGGCCAUGCUCCUGGACGCGGGGCCGCAGUUCCCGGCCAUCGGGGUGGGCAGCUUCGCGCGCCACCAUCAUCAUUCGGCUGCGGCGGCGGCCGCCGCGGCCGCGGAGAUGCAAGACCGCGAACUGAGCCUGGCGGCGGCGCAGAACGGCUUCGUGGACUCGGCGGCCGCUCAUAUGGGCGCCUUCAAGCUCAACCCAGGGGCGCACGAGUUGUCCCCGGGCCAGAGCUCGGCGUUCACGUCGCAGGGCCCCGGCGCCUACCCCGGCUCCGCCGCGGCCGCCGCCGCUGCCGCCGCGCUCGGGCCGCACGCCGCGCAUGUCGGCUCCUACUCCGGGCCGCCCUUCAACUCCACCCGGGACUUCCUGUUCCGCAGCCGCGGCUUUGGCGACUCGGCGCCCGGCGGCGGGCAGCACGGGCUGUUCGGGCCGGGGGCCGGCGGCCUGCACCACGCGCACUCGGACGCGCAGGGCCACCUCCUCUUCCCCGGCCUCCCGGAGCAGCACGGGCCGCACGGCUCGCAGAAUGUGCUCAACGGGCAGAUGCGCCUCGGGCUGCCCGGCGAGGUGUUCGGGCGCUCGGAGCAGUACCGCCAGGUGGCCAGCCCGCGGACCGACCCCUACUCGGCGGCGCAGCUCCACAACCAGUACGGCCCCAUGAAUAUGAACAUGGGGAUGAACAUGGCAGCGGCCGCGGCCCACCAUCACCACCACCACCACCACCCUGGUGCCUUUUUCCGCUACAUGCGGCAGCAGUGCAUCAAGCAAGAGCUCAUCUGCAAGUGGAUCGACCCCGAGCAGCUGAGCAACCCGAAGAAGAGCUGCAACAAAACUUUCAGCACCAUGCACGAGCUGGUGACCCACGUCUCGGUGGAGCACGUCGGCGGCCCGGAGCAGAGCAACCACGUCUGCUUCUGGGAGGAGUGUCCGCGCGAGGGCAAGCCCUUCAAGGCCAAAUACAAACUGGUCAACCACAUCCGCGUGCACACCGGCGAGAAGCCCUUCCCCUGCCCCUUCCCGGGCUGCGGCAAGGUCUUCGCGCGCUCCGAGAACCUCAAGAUCCACAAAAGGACCCACACAGGGGAGAAGCCCUUCCAGUGUGAGUUCGAGGGCUGUGACCGGCGCUUCGCCAACAGCAGCGACAGGAAGAAGCACAUGCACGUGCACACCUCGGAUAAGCCCUAUCUGUGCAAGAUGUGUGACAAGUCGUACACGCACCCCAGCUCUCUGCGGAAACACAUGAAGGUCCAUGAGUCCUCCCCGCAGGGCUCCGAGUCGUCCCCGGCCGCCAGCUCCGGCUACGAGUCGUCCACGCCCCCGGGGCUGGUGUCGCCCAGCGCCGAGCCCCAGAGCAGUUCCACCCUGUCCCCGGCGGCGGCUGCGGCUGCAGCGGCGGCGGCGGCGGCGGCGGCCGUGUCCGCGGUGCACCGGGGCGGAGGCACGGGCGGCGGCUCCAGUGGAGGCGGCGGCGGCGGCGGCGGCGGGGCGGGCGGGGGCGGCGGCGGCGGCUCCGGCGGGGGCAGCGGGACGGCCGGGGGCCACGGCGGCCUGUCCUCCAACUUCAAUGAAUGGUACGUGUGAGAGGCCGGGGCGGGGCUGCCUGGGUUCCUCACCCGGUAACAGCGCCGAGAGCACCCCGGUGAUCGUCGUUGUUAAAAUUCCCAAUCUGAUUUUUAUGAUAAAAAUGAUUUUAACCAGCAGAAGGAUUUUUAAAAGUUUUUUUUUUUUUUUUUUUAAUAAUCUAGGCAUGAAAAGCAACGAUAUCCCUUCUGGAAUCUUUAAAGCUAAAAAUAUAAAAUAAAUAAAAAAUAAAAAAUCCUUUUAAAAAAACCCAUAAAAAUAUUGAACCAAACCUCCCCUUUCCCUCCCUCCACGCCCCCUUCCCUCCCCACGCCUUUCCCAGUCUUCUGACAAACUGUGUACAUAGCGGACUCCUUUCUUCUCCGAGGUGGUUUUAAUGGCUUCUUGGUGUAUAGAAGUUUGUCCAUUUGUAAUUCUCCGGGAUUUUGUUCCUUCUGCCUCUCUUCCCUUCCCUUCCCCAAGUGAUGGGCUUUUUUUCCUUUUCUCUUUUUAGUUUCCCCGGUUUCUUUUUAAGUAAUGUGGAAGAAAAUGGUUUCUUUUGUAUUGUGGUAUUGAAUAUUGUGUUCCUUUUUAUGAGGCAACUUGAUUGUAAACUUCAUGCAACUAUAGACUGGAAAAAAAAAAAAACAAGCCGUGCCAAAGUCUCCCUUCUGUUUCUUCAACACGCAGAUCCACAGCACUCACAUCCCCAUCACCACCACCAACGCUUGUGAAUGUAUUUUUCUGUUAGCUGGGUUUACAUGUGAUGUUUUAGUGCUUUUGCAAGUUCAAUUUGUUAGUUCCUGUAUGAAAGAUUGUGGGGAGGGGGGGAGUAAACGUUGUGCCGUUAGCUUUUUCCGUAAUAACACCCUUCCUUCUGUAAAUACCCGUUACCAUAUUUAUCCAUUUGUAAUUAAAUUAUGGUAUUAACUUGCUACAGAGGAAACAAUAUUUAUAAAGAAUGUUUCUUAACUAUAAAUAUGUACAAUUGUGGGCAUAAACUGUUUCAGAUUUUUUAUUUGAAGGUUUUAAGUGGUUUGAUCAUUUCUUGUGAUAUGUUUUGAGAGUAAUGCAUACAGAAAUAUAAUAAAAUGUGUUGAAACUGCA